GGUCUCCUCUCUCUCACCCCACUCCUCUACCCUCCUUACUUCCUUUGUGCCCAUCUCUCCAUCCAUUCAGACUUCUUUCUUCAACACACUAUGGACGUCUUUUCACCAUCCCAGGUCUACUACGACAGAGCGUGCACUUCAUCUCCAGACAGCCUGGAAUUUGGCCCCGGAGAGCUCACUGGCUCCGAGGAGGAUGAACACGUCAGGGUCCCCGGAGCCCCUCACCAGCCGGGACACUGCCUCCAGUGGGCCUGCAAGGCCUGCAAGCGCAAGUCCAACUUUGUGGACCGCAGACGGGCCGCCACCAUGCGUGAGCGCCGGCGGCUGAAGAAGGUCAACCAUGCUUUUGAGGCUUUGAGGCGCUGCACCUCGGCCAACCCCAGCCAACGUCUGCCCAAGGUGGAGAUCCUGCGCAACGCCAUCCAGUACAUCGAGAGCCUGCAGGACUUGCUACAUGAGCAGGUGGAAAACUACUACGGCCUGCCUGGAGAGAGCAGCUCGGAGCCUGGGAGCCCACUGUCCAGCUGCUCUGAUGGCAUGGUUGACAGCAACAGUCCAGUGUGGCAACAGCUGAAUGCAAACUACAGCAACAGUUAUUCAUAUGCGAAGAACGAGAGUUUGUGCGAUAAGACAGUCGGAGCCUCCAGUCUGGAGUGCCUCUCCAGCAUCGUGGACCGUCUGUCCUCGGUGGAGUCCAGCUGCGGACCGGCAGCUCUGAGAGACACGACCACCUUCUCCCCCGGCAGCUCCGACUCGCAGCCCUGCACGCCGGAGAGCCCCGGAUCCAGGCCCGUCUACCACGUCCUGUGAAGGAAACUUGGCUUUGACGUGGAUUUGUUGCCACAGGCGGGCAAACAGCAGCUGCAUUUGCAACAAGAGAUAAGAACUAGUUUUGUGCAAAUCUGAAGGUGACUCAGCUGAAUCUGAGGACCUGUGGCAAGCAGCUUUUAUAUUGUACAUGAGAUUGUAAAUAUGUAAUGUAAAUGCCCAUUUAUUCUAUACAUGCUAUAUACCCAAUGAGACAUAUUUAAUUAUGACAGUUAAUGUAAUGUUGCAUUAUUCCAACAUGAAGUGGUAUUUAAGCGGUUUGAAUUUCUUACUUUCCAUGUUGUUGUGAACAUUAAAUCUUUCACUGUUUUGUAUAAAACGUCCAUUUCUUUCUGUUUCUUUGUGUUCAGAUAUGUCAUGAAUCAUCUUGUUAAUGCAGAAGGAAAAACUAGCUAAAAUAGUGACAAAAUUAACAGAGAUUUGUGUUAAUCACUCUUAAGACACCACAUUAUCAAUGUCAAGUUAGACACAUCAGUAUGACACCAAAAACUGUUGACUAGCUCACACUAUUUUACAAGAUUUUUUUUUACAAGAAAUGAAACAGGCCCUAUUCUGCAAACACACAGAGUAACACAUCAUCCAACAGUUACCAUCAUUGUAAUACUUAGGCUAUUCGUUUUUUUCCCCCAAAUGCAUGAUGUGCUUUUACUACAACAACUAAAUUAAUCAUCCAAGAUAGCAGUUUCCUGCACAUUUUACCCAAUAAUGACUCCAAUAAAAAUGGUUUGAUCACAAUAAAA